UGUGUGUGUGUGUGUGUGUGGAGUGUGUGUGUGUGUGUGGAGUUAGCUGAAAGUAUGAGAGAUUCAGCUGAGACGCUCACAUAGUUGAGGUGUGGCUUGUUAGAGGCUCCAGGAAGGAACUAACUCAGGUUAGCCGGAGGCAGACAGAGUAGAACAGAACAGAACAGGAGCGGCUGAGGCGAGUUCAUCUGAGAGAGAGUGAGCUAUGGCAGACACAGAACUCAAACCAGAGUCAAAACCAGACCAGAAACUCUGCUGCACUGUUUGUUCCAGUGCUCUCAAUGGUGACAAAUCCUCUACCUGUGGCCACUUAGUCUGUGACUCCUGCCUGGGCAAGAAAAGUAAGGGCUGCCCCCAGUGUUUACAAUGCUCUGGCAAGCCUAUACCGGCAUCUGUGGAACAGAACGGAACGAUGAUUGAAAUAGUGGCUGAGUCUCCACUGGUGAUCAAAACCGAAGAAAGAGAGAAAAGGGAUCUGAAGGAAUCAGAGGACCCUAAGACACCAGAGGAUGCAAUGAUACAGAAAGACCUGAAGGAAUCAGAGGACCCCAAGACACCAGAGGAUGCAAUGAUACAGGAAGACCUGAAGGAAUCAGAGGACCCUAAGACACCAGAGGAUGCAAUGAUACAGAAAGACCUGAAGGAAUCAGAAGACCCCAAGACACCAGAGGAUGCAAUGAUACAGGAAGACCUGAAGGAAUCAGAGGAAGAGAAAAAUAAAGAGAUUGAUCCUCCACAGCCUGCAGAGGAAGUGAAAGAGGAUGUGGGGGUUGGGGAGCGAGACACAUUAAGGGAAGAGAAAGCAAAAGGAGAGGUGAAAGUAGAGCCGUUGGGGCCCGAUGAUGUUGUGUGUGACUCGUGUAUGGAGAUGAGCCCGUGCCGGGCCCUCAAGUCCUGCCUCACCUGCCUUGUGUCCUACUGCGAGGCCCACCUUAGGCCUCACCUGGAGAACCCCAAGUUCCAGAACCACAGGUUGGUGGAGCCGCUGAGGGACAUCGAGAGACGGACCUGUGAGACCCACAAGUGGCCCCUGGACCUUUUCUGUUGUGCCGACGCUGUGUGUGUCUGUCAGGACUGUGUGACAGAGGACCACAGGGGACACAACACUGUGCCUGUGAUGGAGGCACGCAGAAACAUUGAGAGGGAACUACUAGAUAAGCAAGCAGAGAUGGUGAGGACAAUGACAGCAGCAGAGAACGCCAUCAACAAACUUCAAGUCAACACGGUCUCUAUUGAGAAUUCAGUGACGGAGGUCCGUGAGGUGAUUGAGAACCAGUUUACGGUGCUCCAGGCUGCGGUGGAGCGGGCCAAGAGAGAGGUGACGGAGAUCCUGGAGGGAGAGGAGAAGCAGGCUCUGAGACAGGCCGAUGGGAUUAAGGUACACCUGGAGCAGAGGUGCACUGAGCUGAAAAAGACACAGGCGCAGAUGGAGAAGCUCUCCAAGAACAAGAAUGAUGUGGACUUCUUACAGGAGUACUCCGAGUGGAAGAAGGACUGCUCCGACAUCCCCCUACCUGGGGUCUACAUCGGCCUCGUGGACCGGCUCAACUCCUUCAGCAGAGAGAUUGUUACCUCCACACAGGAGCUGUGUGAGGUGCAGCUGUCCAACUACAUUGAGUCACUCAAAGAGACCUGCAAAAAUGACAUGAUGGGGAUUAAAACCACAGUCCAUGAAAUAAUCGCAGCCAAACAGAACAUGGACGUUCCAGACCCAGAGACGCGGGAGGACUUUCUAAAGUAUGCCAAUCCUGUGAGUUUUGAUGCGGACACGGCCCAUAAAUUCCUGCGUCUGACUGAGGAAAACAGAAAGGUGACCAACACCACACCCUGGCAACACCCGUACCCCGACGUCCCUGAACGUUUUGAGAGCUGGCGACAGGUACUGGCCACAGAGAGCUUCUAUGUCGGCCGACACUACUUCGAGGUGGACGUGAGCGGCGAGGGCACGUACGUCGGACUCACCUACAAGAGCAUCGACCGCAAGGGUCCUGAAAGUAACAGCUGCAUCACCGGCAAUGACUUCUCAUGGUGCCUCCAAUGGAACGGGCGUAGCUUCUCUGCCUGGCACGGUGAUGUGGAGACGCCUCUAAGCGUGGACAAGUUCACACGCAUUGGGGUCUAUGUGGACUAUAGCCGUGGAUUACUGGCUUUCUACGGGGUGGAUGACGUCGUCGGCAUGACCCUCAUCCACAAAUACCAGGCUGAGUUUCUGGAGCCCCUCUACCCAGCCUUCUGGCUGUCGAAGAAGGAGAACGUGGUAGUGCUUGUUGAACCUGGAGAGCCGCUGACACUGAAAAGCCCCUCUCUCCCUAAAAUACCUCUUAACACUGACGCAGCACCCCAAAGCCGUUUCACUGUAACUCUUGUUGUUGAACAAUGAUCGAUUCGGCGGUAGUAGGCGGUAGGCGGUAGUAGGCGGUAGUAGGCGGUAGUAGGCGGUAGUAGGCGGUAGUAGGCGGUAGUAGGCGGUAGUAGGCGGUAGUAGGCGGUAGUAGGCGGUAGUAGUCAUUUCCUCCGUCGAGCCUGAAAAAGAUUCAGAAUGCAGGAAACAAUGGAAAAAGAAACCAAAAUCAUUAUCAAGUGACAAGAAACCUCACGAGAUCUGUAUAUUAUGUUCUAAUAUUUAUAAUAUAUUUGUUCCUAUUCUUGUUGUGUUGCGUGACUAGUCUUGGUAUAACGUCAGUGGGUAGGUUACAUAUAAUGAGAUGGGUCCCUUUCUGUUCAUAUUGUGUGUUUUAAAUCUGACGCAGAACAGUUUUGAUACUGUGACUAUUUGAAUGGGGGACUUCUUUGGGAAAUGUUGGGACUGCUGUUACUGUUUACUACAAACUGUGACUUUGGAAUGUACUGUAUUUGAGAGAUGCCACAGUAAAUGAAAUUAAAUUGUAUUUGUCAACUGCU